AUGUAUGGCGGCAGGACUUCACCUUGUCCACUCAAGAUCAUAAUCAUCGGUGCAGGAGUCUCGGGCCUUUCCGCUGCCAUUUGCUUGGCAAAGGUGGGACACACUAUCACCGUCCUAGAGAGCCGAUCUGACCUUCGAGAGAUCGGUGCAGGCAUUCAAAUUGCUCCCAACACAUCUCGCCUACUCAUUCGAUGGGGUCUUAAAUCUUCGUUAGAUGAGGUUGCUGUCCAUCCCGAGAACGUAUCUGUGUACCGGUACGACAACGGAAGUGUCUUGGGCUUUGUGCCCUAUGGAUCUGGCAUAGCCGAAGCAUACGGCGCUCCGUAUUAUUGCCUACACAGACGCGAUUUGAUCGACAUAUUGCACAACGCCGCUCGUCCCCUGAUGAAAGCCAGACUCAGCAGCAAAGUAACUUCAAUCGACCCGGCCACCGUUUCUGUUACUCUACACACGGGUGAAAUCCUUGAAGCCGAUCUUAUCAUUGGCGCCGAUGGUAUCAAUAGCAUCACCCGUAAUAUUGUGGCAGAAGCACCAGUUCGUUCUGUACCCAGCGGACAGGCCGCAUUUCGCGCUACCAUCGAUACUGCUCAGAUGCUUCCUGAUCCGGACCUUCGCCCUUUAGCCGAAACGCCGCAAAUGAAUGUAUGGUUAGGACCCCAUAAGCAUGUAGUAGGAUAUGGUAUAGGGAGAGACACAUAUAAUUUUGCUAUACUACACGAAGAUGAUACCGAGGAGUCCAUGGCCUUGUGGACUCGGCAUGGAGAUAUCGAACAAAUGAAGAAGGAGACUGCUGAUUGGGAGCCUCGGGUUAGCAAAUUAUUGAACCUUGUCACGUCUUCAAUCGUGGGCUCGCUCAAGGUCCUUGGGUGCAUAAGAGCAGGACGCAUCGCUUUAAUCGGGGAUGCUUGCCACCCAAUGUUGCCUUACCGAGCGCAAGCCGCCUCGAUGGCCAUCGAAGAUGCCGCCGUACUCGGUAACCUUUUUGUUCGCAUCACAGACAAAGAUCAAAUUCCGACACUCUUGGACGCAUAUGAGAACCUCAGACGCCCUCGUGCUACCGAAACCGCAGAUGGUUGCUGGACUGAUAAAACAACGUUCCAGAUGGAAGACGGUCCGGAACAGCGUGCGCGAGAUAAUGCCUUCAAGGCGAUGAUAGGCAAGACUGCUGGGAGCGGCCAGGACAAUGAUCUUCAAUAUGGGUACGAUGCUGAUGCAGUUGUGAACGAUUGGUGGAAAGAACACAACUACGAUUUCAUGUUUGCGUAA